AUGGCAGAAAAUAGCGGACGAGCGUUAGCGUUAGCGAUCUGUAUAUUGAUGGUAAUUACUGGCUCGUUGAAUACAAUAUUUGCGAAGUGGACAGAUACUUUGAAGGCCGAAGGCGUUGCUUUUAAUCACCCAAUUCUACAGGCAUUAUGCAUGUUUUUUGGAGAAUUCUUAUGUUUGGUUACGUUUUUCGCAAUCUACGGCUAUAAAAAAUAUUGGUGGAACAGAUCCAACAUUUCUGGUGAACUAGGUUCGGUGGCUAAUAUUACGUCGGACUCUGAACCUAUCCUACCACAGUUUAAUCCCUUCAUCUUCCUCUUCCCUGCAUGUUGCGAUAUCCUUGCUACGUCAGUUAUGUAUGUUGGGCUUAACCUUACUGCAGCAAGUAGUUUUCAGAUGUUAAGAGGGUCUGUAAUCGUAUUCACCGGUCUACUGUCAGUGGGAAUGCUAGGUAUACGUAUCCAGGGUUUCAAAUGGAUAGGAAUGACUUUCGUAAUUCUUGGACUUGUUGUUGUUGGAGUGACCGAUACACUCUAUCACGAUAAUCCUGUUGAUGAUAAGAACGCCAUAAUCACAGGAAAUCUUCUUAUAAUUAUGGCACAAAUUAUCGUUGCCAUACAGAUGGUUUAUGAACAGAAAUAUCUAAACCAGUACGACGUGCCUGCCUUAUUCGCUGUUGGUCUUGAAGGUCUUUUCGGGACGAUAAUCCUAUCCAUUCUGUUGGUUCCCAUGUAUUACAUUCACGUUCCGCGCACGUUUUCUACAAACCCUGAAGGCCGUCUCGAGUUUAGUUGUUUAUGCGAAAUUUGUGAGCAACCGUGGGUUGCUGUUGCACUAUCAGGAAUCAUUGUUAGCAUAGCUUUCUUCAAUUUUGCUGGCGUUUCUGUCACCAAGGAACUUUCUGCUACUACUCGAAUGGUUCUCGAUAGUGUUAGAACUCUUGUGGUUUGGAUACUUAGCAUACCACUCUUUGGAGAACUCUUCAUUCCUCUGCAGCUUGUUGGUUUUGGAUUUCUUAUCCUCGGGAUGUUCGUAUACAACGACAUCAUCAUUGGUCCGUGGUUCCGCCAGCGUAUUCUUCCAAAUAUGGGCGAAUCACAUUUUUGCACCCGAUGUUGCUUCACGAUUUGCGGGGCUGACUUGAUUGAAACAGAAAGUGAGAAUCUAAUCAAUGAAGAUCAGUAG